GGGGGGGGGAUAAAGUUGUUAUAAAGUUGUUUUCACAAGAUAAAGUUGUUAAUUUGUUGGGGAAUUACCCUAAAAUACAGCUCGCUUACCUUCACCGUCUACAAGCUAGAGGGGAAGGAAUGUCUUAUUCUAAUCGACUUGUUAAAUUAUAUGCUGAUCAUGACCGUCCUUCAUUAUUGCCUUUUCUCAGGAAAAAUGAACAUUAUAAAAUAGACUUGGCAUUGGAUGUUUGCAAAAAAAGAGAAUUUAUUGAAGAGGUUGUCUACCUUUUAGGACGUACUGGAAAUCGUUUAGAAGCUUUAGAUUUAAUGGUAAAUAAAUUGUUAAGAAUUGAUAUGGCUAUCGACUUUUGUGCUGAAAAUGAUGAUUAUGAACUUUGGGAACGUUUAAUUGAAUCUUCAAUUAAAAGGCCUGAACAAAUUGUUAUUUUGUUAAAAAGAAUGGCUUGUUUAAAUAUUGAUAGUAUUAGUGUUGUUGAAAAGAUACCAACAAAUAUGGAUAUACCUGAUUUACAAAAUUGUUUACUUCAAGUAAUUAGAGAUCAUGAACAACAAAGGGAUUUAUUAAUACAUUCAAAAAAUGUAGCUAAUUGUGAUGUUUUAAAAUUAUUAGAAUUACAAUUGAAACCUUUAGCUAUUAAUUUUGAAUUAUUAAAUAAAUAUGAAGAAGAGGAAGAAAAUAAUAAUAAUGAGUGUUUUUGUUGUGAUAUUUGCAAUCAAAGCAUUAAUGACAGCAAUUCAACAGAAGAAGAUACAAAUAAUAGUAGCAAUAUUCUUUUACUUGCUAAUGGAAAAAUAAUACAUGAAAAAUGUACAGAAAACGGACAACCACCAACACAGAUAUUUCCAAAGUGUUAUCCUGAAAGGAUUUCUCUACUUUUAAAAUUAUAA